AUGACUAAAGCGACAGUGCACAAAAAAUUUUACCCGCGUAUCGCCACGCCGCCUCCGCGAAGUGACGGCGAGGAGUGCGGGCUCCCGCCUGUCAUCCUGCCUCUGCCGCCUCACCCUCACGGGGUCGAGGUCCUGCGGCGCGGCGCGGGCUGGGGAGGCGGGGGGCGCGUGGCGGCAGACACUCCGGCACCGGCUCCCAUCCCCCGCCAUUCUGCUAGUCCGCGCCGCGCCUCUCUCGCGAUCGCUCGUGUCGGUGUCGUGCGUUUAGUGCUGUUUGAAUGUGUGUCAGUGUCCGGUGCGCAUACGGAGCGUGUGCGACGCGUGCGAGGGCCAUGCUGGGCAGGCCUGCGCUGCCGCGCCGCCGCGCUGCGCCGUCUGCCGCCGCUGCACGCCCGCCUGCUAGAGCUGGACGUGUCCGACAACAACAUCACUACGCUGCCCCCGGAAGCGCUGCAGCCCGCCGCCGCUCUGCGCGAUCUGGACCUGGGCGGCAACCUGCUGGCCGCGCUGCCGGCCGCCGCGCUGCCGCCGCUGGCCGCGCUGCACACGCUAGUGCUGCGGCGCAACCGCAUCGCGUACAUAGACGAGCGCGCCUUCAUCAACACGCCGGCGCUGCGCGUGCUGCGGCUGGAAGACAACCUGCUGACGGAGCUGCCGGCCGCCGUGUACCGCCUGCCGCUGCUCGAGGACCUGUCAGUGUCGGUGGCGCGCAACCGUGUAGAGCGCGUGAGCGCAGGUCUGCGAGCGUGCGCGCGCCUGGCGCGGCUCGACCUGCGUGCCAACCCGCUGACCGCGCUUGCGGCGCGCGCGCUCGACCACCUGCCGCGCCUGCACACGCUGGAGUUGUCGGACGCACGCGGGCUGCGCGAGCUGCCGGCGCUGGCGGGCGCGGCGCGACUGCGCACGCUGCGCGCCGACCGCGCGCGUCUCGCCUCACUACCGCGCGCCCUGUGCCGCCACGCGCCGCAGCUGCGCGCACUGGAGCUGCGCGGUAACCUACUGGACAGCGUGCCCGACUUGCGCGAGUGUGGGGAGCUGCGCGUACUGUCGCUGUCGGACAACAGCGUGCGCGCGCUGGGAGGCGGCGCGCUGCGCGGUCUGCGCCGUCUGCUGGACCUGCAGCUGGCGCGCAACCGGCUGCGCAGUCUGCCCGCUGACGCCUUCGUGCACACGCCGCGUCUGCAGCUGCUGGACGUGGAGGGCAACCAGAUCGAGUACAUCGACUCCGAAGCGUUUACGCCGCUCGACGGUCUGGAGGAUCUCAAUGUGGGCAACAACGUGUUCCCGUGGCUCCCGGCGGGCGGUUUGCGCCGGCUGCUGCAUCUCAAGGCUCACAACAACCCCAACCUGCGCCGCUUCCACCCCCCGGAACUCUUCCCCAGGAUACAGACGUUAGUGCUGUCGUACGCGUACCACUGCUGCGAGUUCAUGCCGCCGGCGGGGCCGGGGGCGGGGGCGGAGACCGCGGGGCGGGGGAUGGAGAGCGGCGAGGAGGGGGAGGAGGAGGAGGAGGGCGGCGGCGGGUUCAGCGAUCUGGUGCUGGUGCCGGCGCAGCGCGUGGACGCCGCCGCCUGGGGCAACGCCACAGACAUCUGGCCGCACUACCUGAACGCGACCGGCUGGGGCGCGCACGAGGCGGGCUGGGGCGAGCUGCGAGCCGCGCCGCGCGCCGCCGUGCGCUGCUUGCCGCUGCCCGGGCCGUUCCUGCCGUGCGUGGACCUGUUCGACUGGUGGACGCUGCGCUGCGGCGUGUGGGCGGUGUUCCUGCUGGCGCUGCUGGGCAACGGCACCGUCGUCUUCGUGCUCGUGUUCAGCCGCAGCCGCAUCGACGUGCCGCGCUUUCUCGUCACCAACCUGGCCGCCGCCGACUUCUUCAUGGGCAUUUACCUAGGGUUCCUGGCGGUGGUGGACGCGGGCACGCUGGGCGAGUUCCGCGCGCACGCCAUCUCGUGGCAGAUGUCGGCGGGCUGCCGGCUGGCGGGCUUCCUGGGCGUGCUGUCCUCCGAGCUGUCGGUGUACACGCUGGCCGUCAUCACGCUGGAGCGCAACUACGCCAUCACGCACGCCAUGCACCUGAACAAACGGCUGUCGCUGCGGCACGCGGCCGCCGUGAUGGGCGCCGGCUGGGCCUUCUCGCUGGUCGCCGCCGCGCUGCCGCUGCUGGGCGUCAGCGACUACCGCAAGUUCGCCGUCUGCCUGCCCUUCGAGACCGGCUCGCCCGCCGCGCUCGGCUACGUGGUGGCGCUGCUGGCCGUCAACGGGCUCGCCUUCCUCGUGCUGCUCGGCUGCUACCUCAAGAUGUACUGCGCCAUCCGCGGCUCGCAGGCCUGGAACUCCAACGACUCGCGCAUCGCCAAGCGCAUGGCGCUGCUCGUCUUCACCGACUUCCUCUGCUGGUCGCCGAUCGCCUUCUUCGCGCUGACGGCCGCCUUCGGCGCGCAGCUCGUCUCCCUCGAGGAGGCGAAGGUGUUCACCGUGUUCGUGCUGCCGCUCAACUCCUGCUGCAACCCAUUCCUCUACGCCAUACUCACCAAGCAGUUUAAGAAGGACUGCGCGCUCGUGUGCAAGGCCAUCGAGGAGUCGCGCGUCACGCGCGGCAUCGGCCGCUGCCGACACUCCUCCAACUUCAGCAACCGCCAGACCCCGGCCAACACCAACAGCCUGGCCGAGCGCUCCUCGCGCGGCCAGCACGGCGCGCAGUGCGCCUGCCGCCGCCUGCUGCCCGGCGCGGUGUCCGGCGCGGGGCCCGGCGCCGCCGCCGCAGAGAACGGCGAGCCGGACGUGGCGCGGGGGGUGCGCGCGCCGCCCGGCGAGCGGCUGCUGCGCUGGCUGCGGGCGUGCGGUCGCCGGACGCCCCCCGCGCCGCCCGCGCCCCGCCCCACCGCCGCGCCCCCCGCCCGCACCGGCUCCGUCUCCUCGUCGGUGGAGUUCUCGUCGUCGCGCUCGGACUCAUGGCGGGCGUACGGACGCGCGCCGCCACCCCCGCGCCGCGCGGCCUCCUGGCUGGUGGCGCGCAAGACCUCGCAGGACUCCAACCUAUCGUCGUCGCGAAACGAUUCGUCGGGAUCGAACGCGACCGCUUCGACGGGCACGUGGCGCACGUCGCGCUCGGCGGGCAGCGCGGCGGCGGGCGCGUCGGUCGCGGCGGGCUCGGGGGGCGCGGGCGGCGCGCGGCCGAGGCUCACGCGCCAGCCGGCCGUGUCGGCGGAGGAGCCGCCGGGCUCGCCGGGCGCGUUGCCGGCGCCGCGGCUGCUGCACACGAUCCCGUCGGCGGCGGAGACGGAGGCGGCGGGGGAGGAGGGCGAGCCGCGCUGCGCCGUGUAGCGUCCGGCGCCGGUGGCGAGCAGAACCGUCCAUUAGCAGCGCCGCCGCCGCGUCGUGUGCGCGUGCUGUCUGCGCGCGUCGCAUCGCGCCUAAUUAUAAAUUAUUUAUAUUUUGUACAGUAUUACAACGAUAGCUUGUAGAGAUACGUCUUUUGUAAGAAUGUAUUGUUACCGAAAUAAUGCUAUUUAUUUAGGACAAAUUUUAGGAGGCGGGUUCUACGUAGCCGUGUUAAUAUAUAAUAUAUUUAUAUAUUUAAUAUAUACACAAGAGAGGUAUACGCGCGCGCGACGCAUAGGUGAUAUUAAUGUAGUAAUUUAAUUAAAUAUUGACACAUUCGCGGAGGUGUGGAGGUAUGGAGGUGCAGAGUGUGGAGGUGCGGGGGUGUUGUGAUGUAAGGAGAAAUGCUCACCAGUGGUCAUGCUCACGUCAAGUUCGUACAUUUUUUCAUAUUGUAUUAGAUUUUUUACGACGUAGUGCGAUCAUUAAAAUUAUGUGUUGAUGGUUUACAAGUUGUGUAACAUGUGGCUGUAACCAAGCGAGAAGCAGCGCGGGCGCGUCGAGUGUCUCGUGUCGCGUGUCUCGUGUCGCGUGUCUCGUGUCGCGUGUCGCGUGUCGCGUGUCU